GUUUUCCCUGCUCUAGCUGGUGGAUGAGAUAAUCCCACUUCCUAAGUCCUAACCGGCAUGUAAAUACCCUCUUGCCUCCACUUCCUUCCUUACUCUCUCAAUAUGGCUUUCGCAACUCUUCGUAACUCUAUCCCUUCACCGACUCGCCUGGUCCGUUCUACCAUGUCGUUCUCACAACAAGCGCGCCAGCAACUCCAGAGUCGCUCCUACUCUUUCGCUUCAUAUCUGGUAACUCCUAAAGAGUUGGACACUGCUUUGAAAAAGAACCCAGCUACAAAGAUCUCAACCGCCCCACGCGUAGUCCCUCUAUGCGCCGCCUGGUUCAUGCCAAACGACCCCGAGGGUCGCAAAGGUAUCGACAUUUUCCGCAAACACCGCAUCCCCGGAGCUCGUUUCUUCGACCUCGAUGCUGUCAAAGAUCAUGAAUCUCCAUACCCGCACAUGCUUCCCACCGCCGAAACAUUCGCCGAAGCCAUGAGCGAGCUGGGUAUUCGCCGGGACGACGAAGUGGUGGUCUACGACUCCGCGGAGGUCGGUAUCUUCAGCGCGCCUCGUGUUGGUUGGACCCUUCGAGUCUUCGGACACCCGCGAGUCCAUGUUCUGAACAACUACAAAGUAUGGGUUGCCGAGGGUUUCCCCACGGAGACUGGAGAGCCCCAGCAGCCUGAGAAGACCAACUACCCUGUCCCCACCUACGACUCCAAGCUCGUGAUCCCGUACCGGGAGCUGAAGGAGAUCGCCAAGGAGCACAGAAAGGAAGGUGCGAAAGAAGUGGAGAUCCUUGAUGCACGGUCCUAUGGCCGCUGGGCGGGCACCGACCCUGAACCGCGCCCGGGCUUGUCUUCAGGGCACAUCCCGGGCUCUAAGAGCCUUCCGUUCCAGGAGUUGCUGGACCCCGAAACCAAGACGUUCCUGCCCGGCCCCGAGCUGCGCAGGAUUUUCGAGAGCAAGGACAUCGACACUAGUAAGUCGAUUAUCAGCUCGUGCGGUACCGGUGUAACGGCGACUAUCAUCGAGACGGCAUUGGCCGAGGCGGAAUACGGCGAGCCAAACCUUCGGAGGGUUUAUGAUGGGAGCUGGACUGAAUGGGCACAACGUGUUAAGCCCGAAGAAGGUCUGAUUAAGAAGACGGUCUAGACAAUGCGAAUUUUGAUGGCCUAGCCCGGUGCUUAUUAUCCAGAGUCUGGGAUAUUAUUAUUGGUAUGACAUGAUGGUUUUUUCCUUCUCUCAAUUGUUCCAACUUGUUCGAGCGACAGCACAUACCAGGAGAUUACUCCAACUCGAGUCAUAAACUGUACGCAAAGGAUGAAAUGUCCCGAAUAGAAGACUUGUGUGUAAUGGUGACCAUGAACGAUUUCAGUUACGG